AUGAGUGGCGAAUUUGGAGAAGAAGAACAAAUUGAAGAACAAGAAGGACCAGCUCCAUCCCUGGCUCAAAUCAAACAUAUCAUCCUAAUCCUUUCCGGGAAAGGUGGUGUCGGUAAGAGUUCAGUGACCACACAGGCAGCAUUGACAUUAUGUAACAUGGGUUAUAAAGUUGGUGUCCUUGACAUCGAUUUGACUGGGCCUUCCUUACCAAGAAUGUUCGGUUUGGAAAAUAGAUCCAUUUAUCAAGCUGCCGAAGGUUGGUUACCUGUUCCCGUGGAGACUAAUGGGGUUGGAUCCCUCUCUGUUAUUUCCCUAGGGUUCCUGUUGGGUGAUAGAGGGAAUAGUGUUGUUUGGAGGGGUCCUAAGAAGACAGCCAUGAUUAAACAAUUUAUUAAGGAUGUCGCCUGGGGUCAGUUAGAUUAUUUAUUGAUCGAUACCCCACCAGGAACUUCAGAUGAACAUAUAUCCAUUGCCGAACAGUUAAGAUUUUCUGAGCCAGAUGGAGCCAUCGUGGUUACCACUCCUCAAAGUGUUGCCACUGCAGAUGUCAAGAAAGAAUUAAAUUUCUGUAAGAAAGUGGCAUUACAUAUCUUAGGGGUAGUGGAGAAUAUGUCAGGGUUUAUCUGUCCUCAUUGCGAAGAAUGUACAAAUAUCUUUUCCAGUGGUGGUGGCUUGAAAUUGGCAGAAGAAUUUAAUGUUCCAUAUUUGGGGAACGUCCCCAUUGAUCCAAAAUUCGUGGAACUAAUUGAAAACCAAACGACGGCAGAUGAGUCGUUGGUUGAAUCGUAUGGUAAAUCUACCUUAUGCCCAAUAUUUAAGGAUAUAAUGGAUAAAGUACUGGCUCAAAAUCGUCCAGCUAGAUGUUAA